AGAAGAUUAAUCAAAUUAUGGCAGGAGGAUCAUAUAGAAGUAGCCAUGAUGAUAAUUCCUUUGAGGUGUUUCUAGAAAGUUGGCUAAUUAGGCAAGAACAAUACCUAAAUGAACUAAUUGUAGCACAAGAGACUUUUGAUGAAGAAGCCCAAGAAAGUGAUAUAAAAGACCUCAUUUCUAGAGUUGUAGCUCAUUAUCAAGAAUAUUAUGAAGAAAAAUCAAGAAUGACUCAUAGGAAUGUUUUACGAGUCUUUUCACCUACUUGGUUCUCUCCCCUCGAAAGAAGCAUCUUAUGGAUCACCGGGUUCAAUCCCGGCUUAGCGUUCAAUCUGGUAACUGAAUCGAUUAAGGAUUUGAAUGAGCAUCAAGUUGAGAGUAUCAACUGGCUGAGACACGAAGCGAAGUUUCAAGAAAGGUCCCUAACGGAAGAGCUGGCGAAUAUUCAAGAGAGCGUGGCGGCACCACCGUUGGUGGAACUAGCACAUCGAGUAGGAAUGCAAGUUAUAUACACUGAUAAUAUAAACGAAGAGGUGGAUGAAAAUAUAGACCUAUUGAAGACGGCUCUAGAGAAUGUGGUGAUGGAUGCUGAUAGGUUAAGGACAACAACAGCUGAAAGAGUUGUGGGAUUACUUAAUCCUUUGCAAUGUUUGAAGUUUUUGAGUGCUGCAGCUCAACUACAAUUGAGGGUUAGGAUGAUGGGAAUGCAAAGAGAAGCUGAGAGGCAACAGCAACAGGAUAAUGAGAAUUCAAAUGGUUGCUAAUUAAUUAGCAAGUUUAUUUGCUUUUGAGACCAUGUUGUAGUUCGAAAUCUUCAAAAAUGUGUUUGUUUUGUGCAUGUUGGAAUUGUCAAAAUAAUUCACUUUUGAAUGAUCAUAUUUUCAGGGAAUCUGAA